UUCCGUAUCAUUUAACAGAUGGUCACCCCAAAGGUUAUAUACCGGACAGAUCAAUCUCGGAGUGGCACACAAGCAUAUCACAAUACCGCCGUACAGUGGGACUACCGUCCACUAUCACCACUCGCCAUGGACAUGGAGAUCGAUCCUCCCAACUCAUCCGAGCAGCAACCCAAAGCCGAAGACUUGUUUAAAGCCGCUGAGGCUGGUGAUGCUUCGGUGUUCAAAUCGCUCUCUCAAAAGCAGCUUGCCGAAGCUUUGUCUCUCAGAAACGAUGACGCCCGCUCCGUCCUCCACGUCGCCGUCUCUUCGAGUAACUCUGAGGUGGUGAAGGUACUACUAGCUGCUGAUGAAUCAAAAAAUGUGAUAAACAGUGUGGAUGAAGAUGGAUGGUCACCGCUUCAUUCUGCGGCCAGCAUUGGGAAUUCUGGAAUAGUUGAGCUGUUGCUAAGCAAAGGAGCUGAUGUUAAUUUGAAAAAUGGUGGGGGUCGCUCUGCCCUUCAUUAUGCUGCCAGCAAGGGAUGGUUGGAGAUUGCUCAAAUUUUGAUCUCACAUGGGGCAAAGGUUAAUCUGAAAGACAAGGUUGGUUGCACCCCAUUGCACCGGGCAGCUAGCACUGCGAAAUCACAGUUGUGUGAACUUUUAAUUGAGGAAGGCGCGGAGGUUGACGCUGUUGAUAGAUUGGGUCAGACUCCUCUUAUGAGUGCAGUGAUUUGCUAUAACCAAGAGGUUUCUCUCCUUCUAAUAAGGCACGGAGCAGAUGUUGAUGUGGAAGACAAGGAAGGAUACACAGUGCUUGGUCGAGCUUCAAAAGAAUUCAGACCAUUAUUGAUUGAUGCUGCUAAGGCCAUGCUUGAAGGAUGAUUCUUUUGCACUAAAACUGUAAAACUUUUCUAAGGCGGAAGUUGCACUCGUGAUGUUUAAAAUGCCACCGUCAAUGACCAAUAGAAGCGAAGAGAAAAUAGGAGUUUUUCUUUUUUACUUUUCAACCAAGGCUUUGUGGCAUGCAGACUGUUUUGAAUUUUAGUUUCAGUGAAUGUACCUCGAAGAUAUCGUUGUUUGGCAUUUUCUAAUUUCGAUUUAAAGCAAGUUCAGGCUCUC